AUGAGUUUUAAAAAAUCUGCCGCGAAAGAUCAGUUUCCUCUUGGCGAAUUGGCUCAAGAACGAAAAAAGUUGAGAGAAGAUUGUGUUGCAAAAAAUGCUACGAUUGUUCAGUUAAGAAAUGACCUAAAACAAGUGGAUAAAGAUAUAGAGAGAACAACAAAAAGGGUAUGUAGUAAACAAAUGUAGUGUAUUUAUAAUUAAAUGUCAAGGCGUCGAUAUAUGACAUUUGCACAAACCCAAGAAGCACAUGAAUUUUUAUUUAGUAUUUAUUACUAUUCAUUAAGUAUUUUACUCUUACAUUUACUGGACUAUGUUAGCCAAGAUAGACGAUAGUCCUUUGGGAAUAAUGGGUUUAAAUGCACCCCAAGCAGAAUUAUUAAUAUCCCCCAUGGCAUGUCUUGUUAUUUGUUAGUUGUUACCAUUAUUAAAACAGAAAUAUGCCCUACUAUAUUUAAUGCCAUAUUAUCAUAUCUAAUGCGAUCAAAGGGAGACUCUUAGGCUUCAUCUGGUUUGUAAUCAAAGGCGAUAUAACUUUAUACCUGAUAGGUCACACCCACCCUGCCUGAAAGUUGUAAUAAGAUUGUCUCACUAUUUAGUGAAGAUAUCAGGCCCGGUCUAUUCAGUGCAUCUUUGCAGACACAGGACAAAUAAAUAAGUUACUACUUUGCAUUCCUAUAUAUGGUACUAAAUGAUACUAACUGUUACAGCUUAAGCGUCGUAAAGAAAAGCUUACAUCAUUACUUGAGAAUGAUGACGAAACUGGAACAAGGUUACCAUCCAAGAGAAAGAUGACAUUCCGACAAAUGACUCCCUCAGAGGCAAAUGUAGAGAAUUCAGAUACCUUUCAAGCCUCCUUAUCUGAGACAUCAAGUCGAAGAAGACAGAAGGAAACUUUGAAUGCAUGCAAAGAAAUACAUGGUGAUCAGAAAGGUAAAAAGUCAUCAGCCCUUGCUGGAAUGUGGGUAAAAUUGGACAACAAAUCUUCAACUGAUACUCUUAAAGAUUUUCUUUCAAAUUCUGAAACAGUGAAUAAAAAGAUUAUGCCUUCGAUAGUAAAAUCGGAGACAGAACUGUAUCAAAGUGGUAAUGAUAAUAUUUGCCGUAGCCUCAAAAUUCUUUAUGAGGGAGGUCUUUUGAUGAAAGAAAAGUACAAGUCUGUAUGUAGAAAUAUUCUAGCCACUGUACCAAAUUCUAGCAAUUGCAUUUAAUCCCAAGCUGCUAUAUUAUGAUAAGCUCAUAGCCUUUAUAAAGUCAGCAAAUAAUGUGGACAAUAUCAGGGAUUUUUCAGCUGUAUUUUGUCAAGAAUAUGACAAACUUGAGGAACAAGUUCCAGGUUCCUACAGAGAGUUAUAUAUUGUUGUUAUAUAUUAUAUAUUUUAGCUGAGUUAUAUAUUGUUGUUGAUCAGACGUUGCCCACACCAUUUUUACAUCAUUUUGGAAGUACCCCUUAUCAUUUCAGAAUUGCCCUUGGUGCACCUUUCGGAAAAGAUGACGAAGCCACAGCAUGGCUUAUAUCAUUUUCAAAUGUUGGCAAGCAUGUGCAAAGCCAAAAUGACAAUUUUCUUUUGUGUGGAGCAAAUUGUUCUGAGACACAUAUGAGCAUGCAGAGAUAUGCUAGGAAACUUGUUUCUGAUAUUGCCUACAUUGAAAAGCAGACUUACAAAAUAAAAGCCUUUGAUGUAAAAUUCACUGUAGACCUUCUUCCAAGUGAUAUGAAGUGGCUAUCUUUCAUGGGAGGAGAGUUAAAUAAUGCAGCAUAUUAUUUCUCUCCAUUUGGGGAUGUCAAUAAUGACAAUAAAAUGGCCAGUAACGGCUCUUUAGGAGAGGAUGCCAGUUGUACCUGGCACCCAUGGGUUUACAAUGAUAGAAUUAAGGUAGCAGAGAAAGUUACACUUAAGAAAGGGAAGUUAGAAAGUAAGAAAGUUUCCGAAGCAACCAAAAGAAACCAGGUUUUGAAUUACAUUAGGGAACAGGGUUCUAGACAAGAAAGUGAGCCCAUAAUUGGUAAGCUUAUUGAUCAUGGAAUGGCAGAACCAUUGCAUAAUGCAAAUAAUGCCUGGGGUUAUAUGCAUUUGCUUAUUUUGGAAAUUGCAUUGAGUAAGUCAAAAAUUGCUGCAAAUUUCAUAGAUAUUGACAGUCUGCCGAAUGACGCACCAUUUUUUUUGUAUUUCGUAGCAUUAAAAGAGCAACUAAAGGCUACUAGAUUAUUUAAGGUCAAAAAAUGGUUCAGUGAAGGUCGCAAAAGGUCAUUUGCCUACAGAUUUACUGGCAAAGAAACACAAAUUUUGCCACAAAUUUAUGUUUCUUAUAGCUUGUCUCAGAAAUGAUUCUGAUCAGAAAUGAUCCUGAAACAAAACUUCGGCUUGCAGCAAUUGCAUACUGUUGUUUGCAAUUGAGAGAUGCCAUCUCGUAUUUCUCUCGUGUAAACAUAGAUCAGGCAGGAAUUGACGGGUGUAAGAAAGCAUGCCAGUAUUUUUAUAAUGCUAAUAUGCUGCUUUUUAAUAACAUCACACCCACUCUUUGGACUAUUGGUUAUGCCAUUCCUAGACAUACUCAGAUACUAUUUGACAAGUACGGUUUAGCUUUGAGCCUCAAUAGCAUGCAAGGGAGGGAAGCGAAACAUGUUAGGCUGGCCCAAUAUGCCAGGCAUUCCACUAAAUCUAUGCAUUGGUUUAUGGUUCUCAGGCAUGACUUCAUGGCAAAUGUUUGGGUCAGAAGAAAUGAUCCGUUGCAUACUAAGUAUACCAAAUAUAAAUCGGAAUACAUACCAAAAGAAGUUAGUAUGGAAAAUAUUUGCUAUUGCGGUUUCCCCUUAGAAGCAGGAUUAGAUAAUUGUAGCAUUUGUUCUUCAGAUAGUUAUGAAGCUGUUAAGAAAUCAGCUGCAGCUGGAAGCUUAACUCCAGAAUUGACAAA